AUGAAUAAGUCUGCUGGAGCCGUGGUGGCUCAGAAUGUAGUUAGAAGAUGUACCAGUGUUACAUUUAGUCAAGAUGAGAAAUAUGUUAUUAUAUCAGAUAAGUCAGGCGAUGUUUAUAGAUACAUUAUUGAACAGCAACCAGAUGAACAGAGACCAACAGAACAGAAACAAGAUGAACAGAGACUAAAGGAACAAAAACAAGAUGAACAGAAACAAUGCAGUGGAGAAUUAUUAUUGGGACAUUUAUCAAUGGUCUUAGAUCUGGUUUUGGUGAAGAAUGAUAAAUAUUUAGUAACUUGUGAUAAAGAUGAAAAAAUUCGAAUCAGUUGUUAUCCUAAUUCUUAUAAUAUACAUUCCUUUUGUUUAGGACAUACACAAUUUGUAAAUAGUUUAAUCUAUGAAGAAGAGACUGAGUUAUUGAUAUCAGGCUCAGGAGAUUGUACAAUAAGAUUAUGGGAUUACAAUGGUCAACAACAGUAUUGUCAACAAUGUCAGUGUCAGAUUUCAGAUACAACAGUUACAACAAAAGAUACACCGUAUAUAAAAUGUAUGAGUUAUAGUCCAAAACAUAAAUUACUAGUUGUUGGUUUUGGAAAUAAUAAAUCUAUAGAGAUCUACAGAUUAAAAAGAGAAGACAAAGAACUAAGUCUAGAAUUAGUACAGUGUAUAGAUAUAGAGAAAGAUUUAUUAGAUAUAGUAGUUAAUGAUGAUAAGUUAUAUAUAUUACAACCAAUACAAGAUAACUGUAUACUAGUUUAUAAUAUUAUUGGUCAUACAGGGCAACAGAAGUUGACAUUGUGUACUGAUGAAAAAACAACACCAUUUUUUAACAAGCUGAACUCAUUAAAGGAAUUUUUCUCAGGUUGUCUUGAUCUAGAAUGUAUCUACCCUAAUUUAAGAAAAUCAAGAACUGACAAUAUGGCGGAAUACUUGCAACGUAAAGAAAAAAGAAUACAUGGUGAAAAAUUAGAACCUCCAACGUAUAACGAGAAAAAACCUAAACUUUCUUGA